CAAGAAAAACUGCCACUUAUUCCAUGACUAUUGGUUUCUUUCCCUAGGGGUAAUUUGGGAUUUUGGUUGACCUUAACAUUCUCUAGCCAUGGAGGUGAAAAGCACAAACCAGAUAGAAGCAGCCAUGGAUUCCGAUUAUGACAGAAAAGCUGAAAUCAAAGCAUUUGAUGAGACAAAAACUGGGGUCAAAGGUCUCGUAGAUUCUGGGGUCAAAAAAGUCCCUCGUAUGUUCCAUUCCGGUAUUGACAUAACUGAAAACAUAGUCACUGACUCAAAGCUGAGUGUUCCUGUCAUAGACCUGCAAAACAUACACACCAACCCUGAUCUGCGAAAAGAAGCUGUCACAAAAAUUCGCAGUGCAUGCCAGGAGUGGGGUUUUUUCCAAGUGAUCAAUCAUGGAAUUCCAAUUCCUGUUAUGGAUGAAAUGAUUGAUGGAAUCAGAAGGUUUCAUGAACAAGAUGCUGAUGUAAGGAAACAGUUUUACUCUCGAUAUUUGAAGGACAAAAUUCUAUACUUUUCCAACGCCAGCCUGUACAUGGACAAAUUUACUAACUGGAGAGACACAGUUGGAUGUUCUAUGGCUCCCAAUCCACCCAAACCCGAAGAAUUGCCUGAAGUUUUUAGAGACAUAAUUACUGAAUAUUCCAAGGAAGCAAUGGCACUGGGUUAUACAAUUUUUGAGUUGUUGUCUGAAGCUCUUGGCCUUAAUUCAUCGUAUCUCAAAGACUUGAAUUGUGCAGAAGGACUUUUCAUUCAGGGCCAUUACUAUCCACCUUGUCCUCAACCUGAAUUAACUUUGGGAACCUCCAAGCACACUGAUAUGGCCUUCAUUACAAUACUUCUACAAGACCAACUGGGUGGUCUUCAGAUUCUUCAUGACAAUCAAUGGUUAAAUGUUCCUCCUGUGGAUCGAGGUCUUGUUGUAAACGUAGGAGAUGUUCUACAACUUAUAACAAAUGACAAGUUUUCGAGUGUUUAUCACCGGGUCUUGGCAAACCGUGGAGGACCAAGAGUUUCAGUGGCUACCUUCUUUUCAAAUUCACACGAUCCAGAAAAGGGUAUAACAAAGGUUUAUGGUCCAAUUAAAGAGUUAUUGUCAGAGGAAAAUCCACCGAUCUAUAGGAACAGUUCCAUAGGAGAGAUCAUGGCUCACCAUUUUGCUAAGGGGCUUGAUGGGAACCAUGCUUUGAACCCUUUUAGGUUGUGAAGUGAACAGAUUUCGACCAAGAAAAGAAAAUAAGUUUGAUGAAAUUCAAGUACUCCAGAAUCUCAUGGAGAUGGUUGUAUAAUGUGUUAUUUGUAUUUGCUUUCGGUGUCUUAAUUUUCCAUUACAAGUUACAUAUCUGUAAAAGUUCUGUUGCAUAUAGAAUAAGAUAAAU